UUCAUUUUUAUUUUUGUCCGACUUAGAUAAAAAGAAAAAACAGUGCAAUAUGGGUGCAGUGUGUGGGUGAUAAAUUGUUUGUCACUGUUAUGCAGGGGCUUCACAAAAGUAGGUUGUAAAUCCCCCACCAGUUGGGAAGCAGAUGAGACCUACGUCAUAGUCCACGUGUCUGUCUCUUUCAAAGUAAUUGUCAAAACACUGGAGCGAGGCCGGAAACCAGGCAAACACUUCAAAGAAGAGCCGCUGUUAGGACGGAAAGGUUCGUGCCACAGCGGCUUUUGUUUUGAAAGCCGCCGCCGGAUGUUGUGUUUCUCGCUGCGUGCGGUUCGAGCAGCUGCUGCUGCUGCAGAAGAAGAAGAAGAAGGAGGAGAAGAAGAAGAAGAAGCAAAAGCAAAGCCGAGAGGCAACAGGACUGGAGCGAACCAGCCGUCUCCGCCUCAUGCUCCACGCCGGGCACUUCUCCUCCUCCUCCUCGCUGUCGUCAACGUUCUGAAAAUAUAUUUAUUGUUUUUUAUUUGCUAUUAUUUAGCCACAAAAAAAGGGGGCAACAAAAAGUGGAGGGGGGGAGAAGUGGAGCCGAGUCAUGGAGCUCUAUUGCCUGGAGUCGGACACAGUCGUGAGAGCCCAGCCUGACCCAAACCUCCUCUAUGAUGACAGAGUUUUGCAAAGUUUAUUAACAAUUGAAGACAAGUUUUUACCUCAGUGCUCCUAUUUCCAGCGGGUCCAGAAGGAUAUUCAGCCUUAUAUGAGACGAAUGGUUGCAGGUUGGAUGCACGAGGUGUGCGAGGAGGAGAAGAGUAAUGAAGACGUCUUCCCUUUAGCCAUUAACUAUUUGGACAGAUUUUUAGCGGUGAUGCCCACCAGAAAGAGUUACUUGCAGCUCCUGGGAGCCGUGUGCAUAUUCCUGGCCUCCAAGUUAAAGGACUGCAGGCCGCUGUCAGCGGAAAAACUCUGCAUGUACACAGACAACUCCAUCACCCCGCGAGAGCUGCUGGACUGGGAGCUGGUCGUCCUGGGGAAGUUGAGGUGGAACAUGGCCUCGGUCAUCCCCAACGAUUUCAUCGAGCACAUCAUACGCAGACUCCCCCUCCCCAAGGACAAGCUGCCGGUGGUCCGCAAGCACACGCAGACCUUCAUCGCCCUCUGUGCCACAGAUGACCGCCUUGCCUUGAACCCCCCUUCCAUGCUCGCCACCGGCAGCACGGGGGCCGCUGUCUGCGGCCUGCAGCUGGACCACAGUGACCAGCGGCUGAGUCGAGACAACCUGACGGACCUGCUGGCCAAGAUCACCAACACGGAGGUGGAUUGUUUGAGGGGGUGCCAGGAGCAGAUAGAGCGCGUGCUGGCCACCAGCCUGCAGCAGGGCCAGCAGCACCGGCGGGAGAACGGCGUCAGAGCGGGCAACAAGGCCAGGGAGCAGCAGCAGGACCAGUCCAGCACGCCCACGGAUGUACGUGACGUCAACUUAUGAACUCGCACACAUCCCCCCCCCCCCCCCCCCCCCGCGCC